GGUCCUGUAUGUGAGGAAAAACUAAAUCAGCAUUUAUUGAAGGAGCAGGCGUUGUCUCUAAUGAAUUAUAUUGAAUAUUUUCAGCUAAUUUUCUGCUAAAGUCUCUGCUCAAGCGUGUCUAAUUGAGUUCAUGCUACCGUAGGUUUGAUGCAAAAGCAUAGAGGCUUCUCUUGUCCCCAUCCCAUACUAGAUUCAGGACUGUUUUUCCACCACCAGUGGCAACAUGGCAAAGCCAAUGGAACUUGAGCUGAAGAAUGUGAAGCUGAGAGCUGGAGACCAGUUGAAAGUGGAGGGGAGGAUUCUGCCUGAGGCGAAGGGGUUCCAGAUAGAACUGGGCCGUGACGAAGAUCACCUGGCGCUGCACUUCAACCCCCGUUUCAAGGACGACACGGACGGUGCUGUGCUUGUGUGCAACUCAAGGAUUGACGGCUGCUGGGGUCAUGAGGAGAGAGAGAAACACAGUGACCUCCAAAGGGGUUCUACUUUCAAGAUUGUCCUGAAGCUGACCGGAGACGUGUUUGAAGUGGAGAUGCCUAAUGGACAUGAGAUCAAGUUCCCCAACCGUUCCGUCCUGGACGUCAUUACCUACGUUCGCGUCAGAGGGGACUUAAAGCUCACCGCCUUUAAGAUCUACUAAAGAGACCCAUAAUAUCCACCUUGUGUAGCCUGGCAACAACGGCACAGCCAAUUUGUCUCGUUUGCCUUCCAAUUUCCGGUGCAAUCCGGCCCAAUGACACACAAGCAAGUGGGCGGGGCUACAUAUAGAGUUAGACCAAUGGGCAGUAAGACAGGAUCAAUGGCCUGUAUCAAAUACUAAAUGGAUAUACGGGGUGACCAUGGUACGUUUUGUUGUAACAAUAUUCUGACAUACAGUAAACACAAGGGACAACUGGGGACGAGUUUAGGAUACUGUCAACUAAUUACAUUCCUUUACAAAUACAGACGUGUUACACAUCUUGGCCGGAUGAAAUGUCAGUCAAUGUUUUACUUGUUUUGGUGAGGAAAGAAUGUAUUCUUAUAACAUAGUAGACCAAAUGAUUACAUUAUUACUGACCUAAUCUCUCAUGUUCUGAUACCAUAGUAGACCAAAUGAUUACAUUAUUACUGACCUAAUCUCUCAUGUUCUGAUACUGUAGAAGAUCAAAUGUUUAAAUUAUCACUGACCUAAUCUCUCAUGUUCUGAUACUGUAGUAGACCAAAUGAUUACAUUAUCACUGACCUAAUCUCUCAUGUUCUGAUACUGUAGUAGACCAAAUGAUUACAUUAUGACUGACCGUGUCGACAGAUUGGGUCAACAAUUACUGAGCAGAAAACAGAAUAGCCGUUGACUCCAGAAGCACGGCGUAAAUUUUUACGACGAUUUGAAAAUGUUAUUUUCUGUAUACAUUUAAUGAAGCAAAACAAAAUGGACGCCUGUCAUGUCAUCAAUAAAGUGAA